AACGAGGUUAGCGUGGAUGGAUGUUUUGGUCGGCAUGGACCAGUUUGGGCCGAAGGGCCUGUCGUGUUGCUGUCGGACUGUAUGACUAUGACUAAGUAACUAGAGGACUGUUGAUUUCUGUGGGUCCUUUUAAUGUGGUAUGAGCCACUAUAUAUAAUAACUACAAGGGAAGAGAAUUGGAGAUGAUGGCAGCAACUCUUUAGACACAACUGCUAACUUAUCAUGUAGUAAUAAAGUAAAAAAGUAAUCUAACAUAAUGCAGAUAAUUUCAUAUUAGUAAUUAUUUGACACUAUGACUGCUCUCCAUUCCAAUACUCAAGAUGUGUUGGGGAGAGAUCAGCUGAAAAUUCAGCAGACUUGACGCAGUUAUACCCUCCGUGCAAGGGUAGUUUUGACAGUAUUGAUUCACUGUAAACACUUAUGAAAUUACAAUUCCCAGUCACUUAAGUGAUGUCAUUGUGUGUUUAUUUUAACCCCUUUACCAUAGGGUCCUGUUCUUGGAGCAUGGUAUAAAUUGCUAGAUCGCCUUGUUGUCGGAAAGAGCAAAACUGUGGCAUUUAAGAAAAUGUUACUUGAUCAGUUUGCACUCGCUCCUUCUUUUUUGGCCUGUUUCCUUGCACUAACUGGAUUCUUGGGUGGGCAUUCACGAGAGGAAGUAUGGUUAAAGUUAAAGAAGGAUUAUAAAGAUACAUUGAUAACAAACUAUUAUGUAAGUAAUAGUAUCCAUUUGUAUUCUUCUGUUGAGAAUUUAGGUGGGAAUUAUUGCCAACUCCGAAAUGUAGUUCAUAAUGAUGUCAGCCUUGGUCACUAUCUCACUCAUCCUUCACUCUAGAAAUUCCAUGCAAAUGGAAGUG